AUGUUCGGCAUCACCAAGUUUCACGAGUGCAUUAAUGGCCGGUCAAACCUGACCAUCUACACCGACCAUAAACCAUUGGUGGGUUUCUUCAAGCCUCACGCACCGACACCGGAGCACAUUUCACCACGGCUGCUCCGCUGCAACGACGACAUCGUCCCGGACGCAGUCGGCAUCCACCUGCUAGAGCUGUCCAGCGGCAUCCCCGUCAACAGGAAGGACAUCGUAGAGGCCACCCAACAAGACCCGGUUCUCCGCGUCCUCUACGACGCCCUCUCCACAACCUGGCCUGACGUCAUUACCACACCGCUACAGCCCUACUACAACAUCAAGAUGGAGCUCACCACCCUGGACGGCUGCAUCCUCCGCGGCGACCGCGUCGUCGUGCCCGAGGUCCUCCGCGGCCGAGUGCUAGCCAGCCUGCACGCCGCUCACCACGGGAUGACAAAGAUGAAGGCGAUCAUGCAGAGCUACGCAUGGUGGCCCGGCGUCACGACGAACAUCACUGACAUUGUCAAGGCCUGCCCCACCUGCAGAGAACACCAAAGAAACCCCACGCCCUCAUACACUCCGUGGCCAACACCAAGCCGCCACUGGGAGCGAGUGCACGGCGACUUCUGCUACGUGGACGGCCAGAACUUCCUCAUCCUCAUCGACGCCUGGAGCCGCUGGCCGGAGAUCUACCCUGUCAGAAACCUCACAGCCGCCGAGCUCAUCAGAUGCGUCCGGACAGCGUUCGCGACCCACGGCGUGCCCAAUCUCUUCGUCUCGGACAACGGACGUCAACUGGUCAGCCCGGACUUCGAGAACUUCCUGGCAAGAAACGGGUGCCAACACCUCACAUCGGCCCCGUACUUCCCUCAGAGCAACGGCCUCGCGGAACGGACAGUCGCCACCUUCAAAGGAUUCGUCAAGAAAUUCAACGAGGGGGACUGGCACGCCCGCACCGACCGCGCGCUCUUCGCGAUGCGCAUCACGCCGUCGUCCGCCACGGGGGAAGCCCCAGCAGUUAGAGUGUUCAACCGUCCGCUCCGCACCCCGUGGGACGUGAUGAAACCAACACCACCCCACCCAGAACCUGAAGCCAACCGCCUGCCCCGCCUGGAGCCUGGACAGCCGGUCAGCUUCAGAGACCACCGCCCGGGCGCUGCGAAGUUCUCUCCAGGACACAUCGUGGCUACCCUUGGCAACAAGAUGUACACUGUGCGGGACGCCACAGGACAGAUCCACGUCCGCAACAUCAAUCAACUACAUCGCGCCCCGCCAGACCCACCGACGCCGGCCCAGCCCCGCGCCGCCCCCAAGAAGGACGUCGCCGCGGACUGGACCGUCCUGGACAUCGAGGACGACGGCCCGCAGCCCGACCCAACACAGCAGGGACGAUAA